AUGAGUGAAUAUAAAAAAGAUAAAAAGCAAAUUCGCGUAUGGUGUGAUGGUUGCUAUGACAUGGUCCAUUUUGGUCAUGCAAAUUCUCUUAGGCAAGCCAAAGCAUUAGGUGAUGUCUUGAUUGUUGGUGUACACACUGAUGAAGAGAUUGCUAAGCACAAAGGUCCUCCAGUAUUCACUCAAGAGGAGCGCUAUAAGAUGGUUCGUGCAAUCAAAUGGGUUGACCAGGUGGUAGAAGGAGCACCAUAUGUUACAACACUUGAAACAUUAGAUAAAUAUCAGUGUGAUUUUUGUGUGCAUGGAGAUGACAUCACAGUAACAGCUGAUGGAAUAGACACAUAUCAUUUAGUAAAGGAGGCGGGCAGAUAUAGGGAAGUAUCACGGACAGCUGGAGUCUCUACAACAGAUUUAGUUGGACGGAUGUUGCUGUUAACAAGAGAACAUUUCAAGAGAGGCGACAAAGAAUAUACUGUGGCACUCGAACAUUCGUCAAAUCUUGGCACUGAUGCUACAGCCAGAUCACCAUAUACAGGAUGCUCUCAAUUCUUACCAACAACCCAGAAGAUAAUACAAUUCAGUAGUGGCCUUUCCCCUAAGCCCACUGACAAGGUAGUAUACGUGGCCGGUGCGUUCGAUCUAUUUCACGUGGGCCAUCUCGACUUCUUGGAAGCUGCUCACGCCCAAGGCGAUUUCCUCAUAGUUGGUCUACACACGGAUUUGGAGGUCAAUCGGUACAAGGGAUCGAACUACCCUAUUAUGAAUUUACAUGAACGCGUGCUGUCCGUUCUGGCUUGUAAGUAUGUACACGAAGUGGUGAUUGGUGCACCGUACAGUGUGACGGCCGACCUCAUGGACCAUUUUAGGGUUCAAGUGGUGUGUCACGGACUGACGCCGAUAUCAACCGACGCGGACGGCUCCGAUCCCUACGUUGUGCCGAAACAACGUGGAUGCUUCAAGACUCUUAAUUCCGGAAACUCUAUGACAACUGAGGACAUUGUACAAAGAAUUAUUCGCCAUCGCCUUGAAUUCGAGCUACGAAACACCCUAUUCUGCAACAACGACGACUUGCUCGUCUACUGCCAAAAUUUGGAAAAUCUUCACAGUGACUUCAUUGAGAGAUUCCAGGACAUUUUGGAAUUGGAAAUACCUGACUGGGUG